GCCUCGCGGGCUUCCGUAAGAAACGUCUGGUUUGUUGACUUUUUUUCCCUCCCUUAUCCAGCUGACCUAGCAACGCAGUGGCCACAAUGACAGCAUUAACUUCCCUAUUAGUUAGUGACAUCACCUUGUUUUUGUCGAAUUUUAAAGUAAAAGAACCUCUCGACUAGUUAUUUAUUCGACUGACUAUGUCCCGCCGCAAAGCCCCUGCUAGUUAGCUUUAGCCUGUUAGCUUCUGCUUUGACGCCAAACCGGAAGCGGAUCAAAACAAACAAAAAUGGAGGGCAUCCUCUACAAGUGGACCAACUACAUGACAGGCUGGCAGCCGCGCUGGUUCGCCUUGGACGAUGGCGUGCUCUCCUACUACGACAGCGAGGACGACGUCGGCAAAGGAAGCAAAGGAUCCAUCAAGAUGGCCGUGUGCGAAAUCAAAGUCCACCCGACGGACGCCGCUCGUCUGGAGCUGAUCAUUCCCGGCGAGCAGCACUUUUACCUGCGGGCGGUGAACGCGGCGGAGAGACAGCGGUGGCUGCUGGCGCUGGGCUCGUCCAAAGCGGGGACGCCGGACGCUCACAGACACGGAGGUCCUGACUGUCUGAGGACCAAGAUGUCCGAGCUGCGUCUCUUCUGUGACCUCCUGGUCCAGCAGGUCCAAACCAUCCAGUCCCAGUCCACCACAGACCCUGAGGUCACAUCUGAGGCGUCCCUCCUCAGUGCCACCUGUGCCACCUUCAUCAGGACGCUGGAGGAGUGCAUCACCUUGACGCGGCACAGCGUGACACCUGACCUGCAACCUCCUGAAAGGAUGAGAAGGUCCGUCAGUCACCCGGGAAUGUCCACUGUGGACAGGUGGGGGGUCGCCAAAGACGGCUCGAGAUCGAAGCAGCGGCGGCACCGGGCGAGCUCGGACAGUUCCGUUUACGUUGCCGAGCCAACGUAUAAAGGUUUGCUUCCGAGGCUCAACAGCGACUCGUCCUCCAUCCCAGAGGAACGAGGGAACGGCGUGAGUCUGAAGACCACGCCCACUGACACGGACACUGAGCUCUUCUUCUGAGAAAUGUAACUUUUGUGGAGUGAGAGGUUUGUCAAACGAGCACCUUUAGACUUUUUUAUUAUUAACCUUGAAGAUGCCCGCUGAGCCCCCCACCCCUUGCCCUUCCCUCACCAUGUAAACAAGUGCCGAACAUUUUGUAGUGAUGACUGUGAAUGUGCAGAAAACACGGCAGGAACCAUGUGAAGUGUCCACCUUUUGGCUUCGCCCACACCGGACGUGUAACCUCUUCUCUCUAGUCAGUGUUGGCGAGUGGAUUUUUUUUUGUGUUUUUCUUGUGCAACUGUGACAAAAAGCGUCUUGUAACGCGACACUUUAAGACGUGGGACUUGUAGGUCUUUUUUUUUUUUUUAAACUUCAGCUUUAAAAGUCGCUUUUAAAAGCACUUUUUUGGUGAUGAUGCUGCAUCUGUCGCCAUGGUAACCGACCCUCGUUCAUCCUAACAGUGUUAAGCACGUUAAAGCACUUAAAAAUCAGCUCACAACAAUGAAAUUAAUAACAUAAUGUUUAUUAUUAUUAUUAAUAUUAUUAUUAGAAGACCUUUUGGCUGUUUUGUUUUUCUUGAACUUCUAAGGAAAAUAUGCAGGAGUUGGAAAUGUUUGUCAUCACCAAAUUAAAAGAAAAUCCUACUAA